GCAUGUUUAGAAUCUCUAUAAGUAGCCUGUGAUUCCAUAGUGAAGGCAAGCUGGUGCUGGCUGAUUCAGGAAACAGAUCCUUCUGCAUUAGCUUUCAAAUCUGCAUCAUCUCAUCACCUCAUCAUGAAGCUGCUGGCUGUGUGUGUCCUGGUUUUCUCUGUGAUGGCUCAGACCAGAGCUGACCAAGAAGUUGACUUGGUCCAGAGAUCUUCUUGUCCUCCCGGCUGGUCUCCAAUCAACAAUCGCUGCUUUCGCUAUGUUCCCAGACGCAUGUCUUGGGCUAGAGCUGAGAGAUACUGUCUGUCCAUGGGGGCAAACCUGGCAUCAGUUCAUGACUUGGACGAGUACCAUCAGGUUCAGUCUCUGAUAACUACGGCAACUUACAGAUCCGAAGUGACAUGGAUUGGAGGCACUAAUGCACAGGAGACGAGCGUUUGGCUGUGGAGUGAUGGAAGCCCUCUGCACUAUACAAACUGGUGUCAUGGAGAGCCUAAUAAUGAUGGAGGAUACCAGCACUGUUUGCAGAUGAACUAUUCAGAUGAAAAGUGCUGGGAUGACUACAUCUGUUCUGUCCGUCUUCCUUCCGUCUGCGCCAAGGAAGUCUGAUGAUUCAGACGUUCACCCAGAUGCUUAAAACAGUAUCUAGUGGAGGAUCCUUGUUGUGUUUCUGUUAACUCGACUUUUUCCAUCAUCAUAGAUAUCCAAAAAUCUCUUUCUGCUUCUUUGCUUCAAUUUCUCUUUAAUGCAACUAGGCCAGAAAUAAACAGCAAGUGGAUUUUUUCUCUUUAAUUAAAUAGUAUCAUAUAAUCAAAAAACGUUCCUGUUUUC